AUGGCUCCGAAGAAGGAAAAGACGGAGAAAGGCGAGAAGAGUGCCUCCAGUGAAGAUGGUACGUAUUUGAUCCGGUAUCAAGAUGCAAAGCUAUGGAUUCAGCCAAUUCUGAUGAGAUGGCCGUACUUCUCCGGCUGUUGGUAUAGGCUCAGCCAUGAUUUUGAAGUAUCUCAAGCAGCAAAAGCAAUUGAUAUUAGUGCAAAUUUGCACAAUAAGGUGACUAAAGCAUAUACGGUCAAAGCUUUAAAGGCUCUGCAUGAGCAGAAGCUGCUCGAGUGCAGGGUCUCAGGGAAACAGAUGGUUUACCAUGCAGUUCAAGAGGCUAGCAGCGAGGCAACGCUAGACGAACUUGCAGCCAUGGACGACAGGAUCACAUCUCUGAAGGAGCAACUCGAAUCUGUCAAAGUACAAGAAAAGUCUCUCAAAGCCGAGCUUGCCGUGCUAAACUCCCGUGUCUCAAGCACAGAGCUUCUCUCGCAAAUCGGCCAGUUAGAGAGUAGAAAGGAUACGCUGAGCGAUCAACUUGCCCAUCUCUGCAAGGAGACGGCUACGGACAGAAUAGUAACAGAGGAAGAAAGCAACCGUGUCCAGAUAAACUGGGCAACGUGGAAGAAGCACGCUUCUCUCCGAAAACUGGCGUGUCGAGAGCUGUGGUUAAAAUGCACAGAAGUCCUGCCUGACAGCGUCAAAAGCAGGGAAGAACUCUGGGAGUCGUUCGGGAUGGAAGGAGAGCUGUAA